AGCUGCUAGCCCUGUUCAACCACCCAACUGACAGUGAUGGCCAACUGAAGUACUACACUGUGAAGGUACCGCUGAGGGUUCAACUCCGUGACGAGGGGUCAAAGGGGUGGAGGCCAACUGGCUGGAUCACAUGACCCAGCACUUCAACAACGGGGCCUCGCUCGUUGAUGGAUACUUUCACCUGGGCAACGACAACGAUUUGCAGCCUAAAUCGGUGGAAAGCGUCUUCAUCUUCCAGGAGGGGACGGAGGGCGGCGACCAGAGCGUGACCACCACGUACGACGCCAUUGUUGUGGAGCAGUGGACUGUCAUUGAUGGCCUGCAGGUGAAGACAGACUAUGUUCCCCUGCUCCAGUCUCUUGCCAUGUACGGCUGGAGACUCACGUGUGUGCUGCCUACACCCAUCAUCAAGACCAACAGUGAUGGAAGUUUGGCCACCAAGCAGGUAGUUUUUCUUCAGAGACCUGUCCUUCCCCGCAAGAGGGGGGACUCCAAGAAACUGAUAUUCAAAAGCAAGUCCAACAAGAACUCUGUUAAAGACACGUCAAAAAACAAGAAGAAGAAGAAAAACAAGCAAUCGGCAGCAGAGAAAGAUCUGGAAGAUUCCAAGAUUCUUGACGAUGGGGAAAAGGUGCUCAAAGAGGAGAGGAAUGUGAAGGGCAACAGGGGGAACAAAAAGGAGAAAGUGAAAGAGGUGGAGGUAGAGACUGUGUGUAAAGAGGGUGAGGCUCCCUGUGAGGUGGAGGAAGAGAAAAAAGUUGAGGCAGAAACUGAGGAAGGGGUAGAAAGCGGGGUAGAAACUGAGGAGGAGAGAGUUGGAGCUGCAGGAACAGAUGACAAGAGCGACAAAGAGGGGAGAGUGCAGGAGGGAGAAGAAGCAGGGGCAGAGACUGAGGAGGAAAGAGAUGGAGAAAGGGAGAUCGUGGAAGAGAAAGAAAAUGGGGUGGCAGUUGAUGACGAAACCGAAACUACCAAGGGUUCAGAGGUGGAGGUGGAGACCAAAGAGCAAGGGCAGAAAGAGGAGAAAGGGGGAGGAGUUGAAAUGGAAAUGAAGGAAAAUGGGGUUGAGACUAAGGAAGAGACAAAUGGAGGGGAAGAGAAUGGAGAAACUGAGAAUGUUGACUUGCAACAAGACCCAGCUGACCAGGAUGAACAUUUAGUGCAGGAGGUGCAAAAGGCAGUAAAGGAUGAUGGACAGAUCAAAUUGACCAAUCAAUGCCCCGAAGAAAGUCAAAGGUCAGAUGUGUAAACCUCUUCAGACCACAGCAGACAUCACACCUAAGGGUUUUCCUACCCAUCAAUCAUUUACCUACAAAACAUCAUAACCUGAGAUAGGGGCUCCACAAAGUCACCAUUACCCCCUGGAACAGCCUAAAUUGCUGCAACAUCCUCCUACCAUGUAAUCACUCUAUCCUCUGCAGCAUCUCUCCACAACGGACACAUCUCUACCACAGAUGGACACACACCAGUCACUCUCACAGCCUCAGACUGACCCUAUGCCUACACAUAGUGAACGUACAUAACUGAGAAUGAUGCGCAAGAUACUAAUGUACGAGAGUCACUGGACAUAAUGGACAAAUUGAUGGAACCAGUGGGGCUUGGGUCUGAAGAAACACAGACUUUAACCAGGCAAACUCGCUUGUCCUUAUUUGUACAGUACCAUAGUGGUACAGUUACUGUAUGUCACAUGGGUUUAGAUGAGGAGCACUGUGGGAAAUGUAGUGGCUGUUGUUGCGACAGGCAAUCCAAUGCAAGGUGAAUGGAACUUGAUUUACUUUCAGCACAUAAUGUAAAGUACUACAGAUGAUGCUGAUAAUCGCUUUGAUUCUUAUAGUAGGUAUGAUGCAUUCGCCUUGCAUUCCGAAUGUGUCAAUAUCCAAGCCAAGUCAAGGGUUUGAUAAUGGAGUAAAUCUCCAUUGAAUGUGUGUGGGUGAGUGGAAGUGAAGUGUGAUGAGAACCACACAUGGAAAUGUUGAGUCAACUUUGAGAGUUUACACACGUUUGAUUUUAAUAGCUUUUCCAAUCAAUGGCCAUUAAAAAGUACUUGGCAAGUAUGAGGGCAAGGUUAUGAGCUGUGCCACGACUGGGUGUUCAAGAUAGAAACGGAGCGCAGAAGAAGUAAAAAAAAAAUGAUUGAGCAAUUUGGAAUAGCUGUGUUCAAAUUGCCAUUUUCCAUUGACUUUGCUUUAGUAUUUCACCUCAAGCUUUUAAAAGCCCCUCUUGACGGUGUCAUUUCUGACCAUACCAAAAUCCUAAUGUAGUCUUUCAAGGUAUCGUGUUGCUUUUCAUUUUAAAGUGGUGCUGCAUCGAUGCUGUGUGGAGAAAUCAUUAACCGGCUAAUGGACGUUGUCAGUGGGGUGUCAGUCAAGUCAUACAUUUAUAAUGGGGGUCACUUAUGUGGCUAUUGACAGUGGAAAACCUCACCUCGAAAAAUAACAAAUAGCACUUCAUUUGGAUUGUGAUUUUCAUAGGGAUUGAUUUUUCUUGUGCUGCAGUUGCUAAGCAAAGUCUGUAGAAACCUGUAUGUUUACAGAUGAAUAUAGGCUUGUCGCCGUUUUGUAGAUGUGGUAUUUUUCUGAAUAACCGACUGUUCUGAAAUGUUCAUCUCAAUGGCAAAUGUAUUGUAUAGAAUAGAAUUCCAAACUGUGACCAGGAUAGCCUUAUUGUGAUACUGGGCCUAAAUCGUCAAGUACAAAUGUCAGAAGUUUCAAGGUGGUUUCAGUGUUAUAGCCUGAGAGGGUUGCUACAAUCAGUGUUUGAAGGUAAUAUGAGGGUAAGUUCAGUGUUCUCUGUUUUAGAUUUGAACGUGAGGUAAGGAAUUUGGCUUUAACAGGUGUUGUUGAUUUAAAGGGUAAGUUUCUGUUUUUGAUUUGAAGUUAGGCUCGGUGUAUUCUGUCGUGCUAACGCUAGCUGAAGUGUGCUUUCUAACGCUCAUACUGGAGCUAGCUACCUCCUUAGGCAUAUUGGGGAUUUGUAGCUAUGGAGUCGUCAUUGGCAACUUUUCCCACCAUAUGGUCCAUGCUGUAGGCGUGAGGUCAUUACUAAUGGCCAAGUGGUCAGAGGUCAUGUUUGAACCAUAUUUGAUGGGUUUUCCACAGCUGCUACUUGUUCAAGUAGAAAGGAGUUUGCCCACAUGUCAAAUAACAGAUUUGAUAUGAAGUCAGGAUCUUUUUUUAAAUUUUGUGAUAUUAUCUGUGGUAUUGUUUUUCUCCAGCGACACUUCGCUUUAGGCGAUUACGAGCUUUAAUAAGCACUUGUUGUAUUCAACAUAUUUUAUUUAGCUUUGUGGGUCACAGCUAGAGAGAGAAUAUAAAUGACUUGUCAGUUUUAAUAUUUGUGUGACUAGGAUGAAUAUGAGUAAGAAAUGUAAAUCUAAAACACCCCUCUGUGAUAACAGUAGAGAUUAUCUGGACCUGAGACAGAUUUCCCCAUUGGCUUCUUAUCAAGUCAUUUUUUCUCUUUAGAUUUAAACAAAUCGCUUUUUGCCCGGAUAUAAGAUCACGUAGGACUGUCAUAUUUGCUUAUUCAUACAUUGUUUAUUAUGUGUUCAUCAGUUCUGUUGUUCAUACCAAUUUGAGUCUUUUUUAAUAUAUCUGUGAUCCUUGUUCCUUUGUAUAUUAUUUUACAAGAAGACAAUACUGCCUGUUCAAGUACAAUGUACAUCAAGUUAUGGUAGGAAAGUGUGGAAAAAUACAGCCAGGAACUAUCAGGUGAUCUCAUCCUUUACAUCAUUGUAUUCUAACACCUACAGAAUUCCGGUAGGACACCGUUAACAUGGACAACUGUAACCUUGGGUCAAAUGACACCAGGUCCUGUAUCCGUUUGUAUUACCUGGGGGGGUCGUGAACUCCAUGCCCUCAUCUCUCAUGAUAAGAGAUGAUUUGUGAUUGUACAUUUGCUCAGCUUUGACAUAAGUAGACUCUGGGGAGAGUGGGUAGGCUACAUUUUUCCUGAUACUGAAAAACAAGGAUAUGGAGAGAAGGUGAAGCAGGAUCUGGCACUUCAUCAGUUAAAUGAUGCUGAAUGUUGUUUACUUACUCUUCCUUGACGAUCCCUCAUCCUGUGACUAACUAACCUCAGCCUUGUCUAGAACAAGCGCCUCCAACCCACUCAUGGAAAAAAGGUAAUCUACUAUUUCCUGUCUUUAUGUAACCAUAAUUGUCUAAAGCUCAGCAGUCAGUGGCAGUGCAAUUGUUCUUUAUAAUGCUGUGCAAAAUGUGUGUUCCAGGGUUCAUUUCCUGUGUGUUAUGAUGUGAAAUGGACAGAUUAGAAAUGACAGAAACAUGAUACAGUAGGAGGGCAAUCUCUUUAUGUUGUCACUUUAGCUUGCUCGUGGCCUCUGGAAUUGUGUUGUUAGGUUUCAUCUCCGAUGUUACUGUUUUCAUCACCUGCGCUGCCAUUUUGAAUGUUGAGUGUCUUUGGUCAUCGGCUACCGUCAUGCACUGCAGUCUUUGUAAAAACGAAGGUAUUCUUUGUAUUCGCUUUUCAUGGAAAUGUCCACAUCCCUACUGUUCAUGACUGUACAAUUUGUAUAUUAUAAAAUUAUUUAUAUUUAAUGUGCA